UAUUUAUAGAGAAAAAGCUUCAGUGACAGUAAAAUAUCUUGUCACACAGAGAUGCAGCAGUGUCACGAAUCUCUACCAAUUCUGUUAGCAGAGAGGUCAAAUAUCUAAGCUUUGCCAGAAGCUACUUGAUGGCUCCAAAAAUCUGACAGCAGAAGAUGCAACUUGCAAAGAAAGUUAUCCACUGUUUGUGGAUUGUGGGAGCAUGUGAGCGUUUGAUCGUGUUUGAAUCCAAGAAAAGCCCAGACAACUGCUAACUUCUGCACCAGUAAUUGUUUACUGUAAUUAAAUUCACAGUAGUUAUAAUCAAGCACCAUUGACCCCCAUUAACAAAGUUCAGAUAAAUCUAUAAAAAUACACAAAAUUACGAUUGUCAUGUGUUGGACUUUGCUUAAUCUGUUGAGUAGACAUGCUUGAGUUUCUUUUUCCUUUGGGUGGUCUGCCCCUUUCUGUGUUCUCUUCACUUCCUGUUAGCUUCAUGUUUCUGAGUUUUUCCUGUCUUUUUCGGUUUUGAGCUUUUCUUACAUCUAACAGUUUUCUGCAGGUUUGUCUGUUCAAUUAUGAGCUGCUCAGUCAGCUCAGUUUGUUUUUUCACAACAACUCGUUUUACGUCAAACCUUUCUCAAAUUAUUCCAGGAUGAACUCUUUGGUUUACCGCUGCUGAAGUAUUAUUUGCCCUCAUCUCCGAAACUUUCUGGGAGCGCCCCCGCCCCCUUAUAACGCCGGCCACAGAAAAUGAAAACCAGCAAAUAAUCUAAUUUUAAAACAUUUUAACUGAGUCAAAAGCACCGCUUCAGAUUGAAUGUUCAUUCACGAACCCAUCUGUGCAGGACAGAAACGGCGCUGAUGAAAUAACCUUUCUCUGCUCCUGGAAAAUGAUCGCCUUCCUCAGGAGGCAGCGGUAGCGGCAGGACCUUAAAGUAAUAAAUUUGCAGCGCAAUAAGUGACCCUCCUCCUGUGAUCGUCUGCGGCGGCCACAGAUAGGAUGCUGCAUCUCAUCUCCCAUUCAUCCCUUCAUCAUGCUGGCUGGCACGGCUCAGUCUGGCUGGGAUGCUGCUGCAAGGCGGGCAGCUUCAUGAACGCUCCUCAGUUUGUAACAAAGAGCUGGGAAGCGGCGUCCGUCGGUCAGCCAGCGGUGACUCAUUCCGCACGGUUAGUCGGUCGACUUCGGGCUCGGAUUUGGCGCUGCUCGGCCGCGGAAGAUCGAUACCUCUGAGAUUGGAGGAAGGCGUGGCUUGGUGUCACCGACACUGGGGUGAAUUUUCCAUAUUCAUUCCCGGGAUUUUGCUUCAUCUCACGAACAGCGGCGCGCAAACGGCACCCGACCGCACGGGACAUCAAGGUCAGGUCCACAGAGAUCUACACACCAUCCAUUAGGAGUGCAAAGACAUGUCAAGACACAUUUCCCACAGUGUGGGUUGGCAAGUUCAAGUGCAGUAAGAGCAGAAAGUAUCCUAAAAUAGGGAGCUGCAUAAAGGUUCUGUCUGCCCACAUUUUUGGAGUACAACAAUAUCUGAAGACCCAAGCUGUGAAUUCAGGAUGGGAACUAAUCCUAAAAGGACAGUGACAGUCCAGAUGGUGCCUCAGCUGGCUGUAGCGGACCUACUGGCCAACAAGGAGUCUAACGCCAACUGGGGUGACGAGUCGCACCUCAAACUAUCUCAGGUUUGUCCAAACUCCGCCCUCACAUCUUCUAACCAGCAGGAUAACCCGCCUAUGUCAGGUGUUGCUGCCAACCCUGUCCCACACAUCCAUAAAUCCUCAUGUAAGGGCGGUGAAGCAGUUAGCAGCGUGGUGGCAGACAUGCCUGCAGGCGGCAAUGGGAAGCAGACACAAUCUGAAGCUGGGACAGCUGGUGAGCAGCACUCCGCUAACCUGUCGCUAACAGGUCAAGCUUGUAGCGAGACAAAAACUGACCCCAGAGACUCGAAUGCUAACAUAAAAACAUCUCAUGGAAAGGAUACGUGCGCCACUGGUUUACCGACUGCAACUGCAGCAUCAAAGAUUGACCCACGCAUUGCAAAAGAGACGAGUCCUUCAGAGGCAGCGCCUGUCCAGAUGGCAUCUUCAACCAAACCCACAGCACAAGAGACCAGCGAUAAAAAUACAAAUAAAAAUGUCUGCAGCUCCAGUCAGUCACAAAAAGCAGCGCCUUCAUCUCAACAGGAUGUCAAGGCUCCACAAAACACUGCAUCACUACAGAAAAUCCAAGAACCAGAUAACUCACAAAAACCUGAACACAGGAUGGAAACUGUUACCUCUACUAAGCCUCCACCAUCAGGUAAAAGAGCAGAAAUCCACACUACAGUUACAAAUAUAUGUUCAUCACAUUCAGAGAGGGAUUUCCCAGUAGUAAAGGCAACACAGGUCUCCUCCAAUAAACAUCACCCUGAAUCUUCACAGAAGGAUUCAUCUGGUGUGCCCCAGGCUGCAAAAAGCAAGCCAACGUGUGGGCAGGUGUCUGAGGAAACCAGCCAAACUGACACAGCUGUCUGCACAGGAGAGCAGCUCGGCACGCAGUACAAGGAGGCCUCCACCAUGACCUCAUUCACUUCGCCCGCCAAGCAGUGUCAUGAUAUGGAGGUCCAGGCCGUAGCAGAGACUUCCAGUAAAGCAGUGGGUACAAGUCCGAGUCUGCUGCCCUUUGCUGGCAGUGUAGUCCCCAAGGAAGAGAUGCAGAGUCUAGCUGUUGUUUUUCCAGUUAAUGAAGCUGUGGGUUCCUAUCAGAUCUACACAACAUCCCUCCCCACCUCAGAGAGGCUCACCGUAGAGGCGGAGAUGUGCCCCAAUCAAGCUGCAGGUUUGUGCUCAACAACCAAGGCCCAGCAGCUUGACUCCAAGUUAGGAGCCAAGCCCAAGGAACCUGGAUCAGCUCUGAGCAGCAUUCAGCCAGUUUAUCAAAUCAACAUUGAGCACAGCAACAAGAAGGACACAGUGGCAAGUGGAGUUGAAAUAUCCUCCACCACUAAAGCUCCCUCCCCAGAGACGGCCGGCGCUUCUGCUGACAGAAACAAUGCUGCGUUUUCUCAGGGUCCGCCAGUAACCACAACGACAGCUAACACAGCAUUAAAGUCAAAAACAAAUUCAGCCGAGCAGGGGAUAAAGCCAGAGAAGAAUGACGAGGAGGACGAUCAGUCGGGGAUGCAGAAGGAUAAGAGCGUCCACGAAGUCGUCUGGGACGAACAAGGCAUGACAUGGGAGGUCUAUGGGGCGUCUGUGGACCCAGAGUCGCUUGGUUUUGCCAUUCAGAGCCACCUGCAGUGCAAAAUCAGGGAGCAGGAGAGGAAGCUGAUUGCUCAGACUUCCUUCCGAAAAUCCAUCUCCGGCGUUGAUUCGCCGCAGCGUGGGAAAAAGAACAAAAGGAGGCAGCAGAACAUUUUCAGGUCAAUGCUGCAAAAUGUCAGGCGGCCCAACUGCUGCGUGCGUCCCCCUCCCUCCGCUGUCCUCGACUAGCCCUGCACCCCCCAUGGUGGCCGGUGUGAGACUCCUUUCCUGUUCUGGAGGUCACGGUGUUUGUCCUCCAUUUGUCAGAACUGCGAUGCCAAGUGAAACAUUAACGGGUCGCCGAUCCUUAUGUAUGUGAGUAUACUGGAAUGUUGUAGCAUAAAAAGAGUCCAAAUAUUUGUGACGUUUGUGAACAAACAACGUAGGAUAUAGAAGCAUAAAAUAAACACCUAUUUUCUAGAAAUAGAAUGUAAGAAAAUGAGAGAAAACACUUUUUAAAAGCUAUAGUUAAAGGCAUGUAUCUUAGCUUCAAAUGCUCUAUGUCUUAAAGUUCACUCCAAUCAUAAAGUAUUAUCAGAGAACAUUUGUGCAAAUAUAUUGAGCUGAUAUCUCCUUUGUUGGAUUUGGUAAAUGUUUUCAAGGUGUGUGGGAGAUUUUGUGACAUGCAUUCAUGUAUUUUUCACUUGUGGUGGCAAGAAAGGAAAGCAUUGUAUACACACAUAAACAUUAUGUUUAAUCUCUGUUGUUCUUUGGAUUUC